CCUCAGGGCAGACUGCCUGCUCUCCCCAUCCCUCACUCUUCCCCUCGCUCUCUCUCUUUCUUUCUCUCUCACACCAAGUACAAGUUUUCUGGUUAGGAAAGAAGACAUCUGGAUGAUUUUUACCCCUCUAUCAGCAUCCUCUUCUCGCUCAGUCCAAUGGAUACAUUUUUUGGUCUGCGUUUUCGACGAAAAGCCCUCCAGCCAGGCAGGCGCAGGCGCUCCAGUGUGUCACUUCCUGUGAGUAAAGCACGCCGGCGCUCCAGUGUGGGCCUGCCCUCGACCGGUCUAACUCAAAGACGAAGGUCCAGUGCUCAGCUGCACGGAGGCCUCCAAACCAGCCAUGUGCAGGCUGAGCUCUUAAAGUGCAGAAGAGGACACUUUGCCAGGAGGAAGUCAAGUGGUGCGACAGCUUGUCAGACCCCCAGGUUCUCUAUUCGACGAAGACAGGCCACCAAACACCACAGCAUUCAUGCCCAGCUGCUGGGGCCAUCACUGCUCUUGGCUAGCGUGGUGCAAAUGAGUGACGAUCAUGAAACGGAGGAUAAGAGUGUAGAGGAAUACUCUUCUGUUUCUGAUAGCGACUGCAGCCAGGAGGAACAAGAGCCAGCAGAGAUGGACUUAGAGUCUGAUAAGGGUUUGACAUGGUUGGCUCAGGGUUUAUUGGAGGGGGAAAGCAUUCAACCCCGCCCCCUCAUACGUGCACCGCGUUGCCUGCGGCGAAACUCCUCACACCUACUUCCCGCUGAGGUGGUUUACCGAAGCCCAGCCUCGUAUGGGCUUUACGGACGUUACCGUAGGACCAGUCAGGUACAGGGACUGUAUAAUGUGGGUGGAGUGUGGGCAGGGAAGCAAAAUUCUUUUACUCGAGGAUUGGUUGCACUGUACAGGAAGAGCUCCCCCUGCUGGCCAGAUCUCACUCUUUCACACACACUUCAGGGAACUUUCUACAACCCUCAGACUGACACAUGGAGUGGGUUCCUCUCGAAGGCCAUUGCCAAGUCUGGUCUCCAGCACCUCUCAUCCCAGCCCGCUGCUUCAGUGUUGGCCAAGGGGGAUACAGAUAGAGAAAUCCGCAGCACUGUGGACUGGAGUGAAUCAGCUCUGUAUGGGGAACACAUUUGGUUCGAGACUAAUGUCUCUGGGGACUUCUGUUACGUCGGAGAACAGCACUGUUAUGCAAAGUCACUGCAAAAGUCUGUUGCUCGUAAAAAAUGUGCCGCUUGUAAGAUCGUAGUACACUCCAUCUGCAUCGAACAGCUGGAGCAGUUAUUGGAUUGGAAAGCUCCACCUCAGGGGGAGGGGCUUGAUGAGCUGCCUCUCAAAGACCCAUCAUUCAGAAUAAACUUUAGAUGUAAACCGUCUUUCAGGGAGUCAGGAUCACGGAACAUCCGGGAAUGCGCCUGGCGGCGCAGAGCUUUCAGGGGUCGCCAUGCUCUGGAGCAAAUGAGAGGUGCCGCAGCUAAAUGUAGUUCACACACCUCUAUUACACAGCCUGCAACAGUGCGACACCACUGGGUUCACCGGAGAAGACAAGAGGGCAAAUGCAAACAGUGCGGAAAGGGGUUUCAGCAGAAGUUUGCUUUUCACAGUAAAGAGAUUGUAGCUAUUAGUUGCUCCUGGUGCAAACAAGCAUAUCAUAAUAAGGUGGCAUGCUUUAUGCUGCAGCAAAUAGAAGAACCAUGUUCAUUAGGAGCACAUGCCGCUGUUAUAGUACCUCCUACCUGGAUUAUACGGGUUCGCCGACCUCAGUCAUCACUAAAGUCAAGCAAAAAGAAGAAACGAACAUCUUUCAAACGCAAAUCCAGCAAAAAGGGAGCAGAGGAGGCUCGAUGGAAGCCCUUCAUAGUGAGGCCUAUUCCCUCUCAGCUCAUGAAGCCACUGCUGGUGUUUGUAAACCCAAAGAGUGGAGGAAACCAGGGAUCUAAAAUAAUUCAGUCCUUUCUGUGGUAUCUAAAUCCUCGGCAGGUCUUUGAUCUCAGUCAAGGAGGUCCUCAGGAGGGGUUGGAGAUGUACCGCAAAGUACACAACUUGCGAAUCCUGGCCUGUGGUGGGGAUGGCACGGUGGGCUGGAUCUUGUCCACUCUUGAUCAGCUGCAGCUCAAUCCUUCGCCUGCUGUGGCAGUACUUCCUCUGGGCACCGGAAAUGACCUCGCUAGGACGCUAAACUGGGGUGGGGGUUACACAGAUGAACCUUUGAGUAAAAUUCUGUCUCACGUUGAGGAUGGAAACAUUGUUCAGCUAGAUCGAUGGAAUCUCCAUGUGAAGCCCAACCCAGAUGCGGGCCCAGAAGAAAGAGACGAGCAGGUGACGGGCAAGCUCCCCCUAGACGUCUUCAAUAAUUAUUUCAGCCUUGGUUUUGACGCUCGCGUGACUCUAGAGUUCCACGAAUCUCGAGAGGCCAACCCUGAGAAAUUUAACAGCCGAUUCAGAAACAAAAUGUUCUAUGCAGGGACAGCAUUUUCUGAUUUCUUGAUGGGCAGUUCCAAAGACCUGGCCAAACACAUCAAAGUGGUGUGUGAUGGAACAGAUUUGACCUCUAAAGUCCAGGAUUUGAAGCUGCAGUGCUUGGUCUUCCUCAAUAUCCCCAGGUAUUGUGCAGGCACUAUGCCAUGGGGCAAUCCAAGUGAGCAUCAUGACUUUGAGCCUCAGCGGCACGAUGAUGGCUGCAUUGAGGUCAUUGGAUUCACAAUGACAUCACUGGCCACACUGCAGGUCGGAGGUCACGGUGAGAGGUUAAAUCAAUGUCGCGAGGUCACUCUUACCACCUUUAAGUCGAUCCCUAUGCAGGUGGACGGAGAGCCUUGCAAACUAGCACCAUCUGUCAUUCACAUCUCCCUUCGAAACCAGGCCAACAUGGUGCAGAAAACCAAAAGACGCACAUCGAUACCACUGCUCAAUGACAGUCAGCAACCAUUUCCAGAAAGGUUACGGAUCAGAGUGAGUCGCAUCAGCAUGCACGAUUAUGAAGCUCUGCACUAUGACAAGGAGAAGCUCAAAGAAGCUUCGAUCCCACUGGGUCUCAUCGUUGUCCCAGGAGACAGUGAUCUGGAAACCUGCCGAGCGCACAUCGAGAGACUACAGGAGAAAGGUGAUGGGACCAAACCUAAGGCUUUGUCAUCACAGAGGCUGUCGCCAAAAUGGUGCUUUCUCGACUCUACAACAGCAGAUCGAUUCUACAGGAUUGAUCGAGCUCAAGAGCAUCUUAACUACGUGACAGAGAUUUCUCAGGAUGAGUUGUUCGUUUUGGACCCAGAGCUGGUUGUCACAGAGACAGUCAGCACGUCACCAGGCAUGCCAGAUCUGGUGGACUCCUCAGGAGACAACCCGUCUGUUCCACACAAAUUUGCCUUUCCCUCAUCCUCCUCUUCUCCACCAAACUCACCUGGACCCAGGGUUGCGGAGCUCCAAAGGAAGCGUGUUUCCAGUGACAGUUCUGUGGCAGAAGCUCUUGCACACAGUGCAGUGUCACACAGUGACUCACUCAGAUCAGCCAAACCAGCUCUCAGCAGGGCUAGGGGUGUUCAUCGCUCAAACACAACAGCAGCAGAUUUCAAACCUACCAGCAGGUUUGAGAAGAGCACCCAGAGCAAUGCAAACUCCGCCAUAUCAGCAGACACUCUGAUCGAUUGUGUGAAGAAGAAGGACCAUCAGAAGUUGAAGGAGCUGCAUAAGAAGGGGGCAGACCUGUGUGCGCAGGACUCUGUGGGCCGCACCCUACUGCACUACGCUGUGGAGGUGGGCAGCAAGGAGAUCGUCAGAUACAUCAUUGAUAAUGCACCCGUCGAUAUCCUGGAUAUAACAGAGAGAGAAAAUGGAGAGACAGUGUUGCACACAGCGGCCUCGUUGUGUCAUAGGACCAUCUGUCAUUACCUGGUGGAGGCGGGAGCAUCGCUCAUGAAGACAGACUUGCAGGGUGAUACUCCAAAGCAUCGUGCAGAGAAGGCGAAGGAUGCAGAUCUUGCGGCAUAUCUGGAGAACCGUCAGCACUACCAAAUGAUCCAGCGUGAGGACCAGGAGACUGCAGUCUGACCUCUGACCUCUCACCCCUCACCUCAGCUGGUGUCUUUAUCUUGUGCCAAAAAAACAGUAACCAAAAAUGUAUUGAUAAACCCAUAGCAGGCUGUCUGGACUGCAGAAGGGGUUGAUACAUUUCCAGAGAGGGGAGAUGGUCACACACUUACAGUAACUUUCUCAGAAGAGGUCUUUAGCUUUGAGCAUCAUUCUCUGAAUGACCUGUCGGACUUGAUGUUUUAAAUUUUAUUGCACUGCCAAAACAUCUUAGUAUUUGUAUGUAUGUAACAAGAUGCAUUUCCCUCCUUGUUAAUGCACUCAAGUUAAUUGCUUUUCUAGAAUGACAAUGCUGAAUGUUAGAUAAUUGCAAAUGAGGGUUUAGAAAAUGCAAGUGCUGAAUGCUAACCUGUGGGUUAGGGCAGUCCUCCACUGUCUGUAAGUUUAGCCCAAGCAGUCACUGUAGCCCUGACAGGUUUACUUUUGCUCUUUUAUAGCUGUGCUCAAAUACGUUUGACUAGUUAGUGGUCCAGAACAUGACUGUACAGUAGGUCACCUUCUUGGUGUUUAACCUGAAACCACAUUUCAAUUAGCUGAUGAAUUUUCUAAUUAGUGUAUGGCCAUUAAUGAUAUGAUAUUUAGAAAAUGUAACUCUUUAGAUUUCCCCUGCACUGUAAGUGUUUUCUUUCAGUGAUUGCUCAAGGAAUGGAAUGUUUUGUGGGGUGUUAAUUUGAAGGAUCAGAACUGUUUAGAUAUUUUUCAGGUGUGUUGUUGAAAGCAUUUUGCAUUUUCAUAGAUUCCUGUGCUGUUUCAAAUAAGAACAUUUGGUACUGUAAAUGUAUGUGAGUAGCUUUCUGUUCAAGAGGCAUUUGCACUGUAGCUUUGAUUGCCUUCUUUACUCUCUACUCUGGAUUUAUAAUUGACGUACUAAACUAUAGCUACUUUCCUACCAUAAUUUUAAGUAAAUAGAUGUUUAUAUGGUUUAUAGCUAUAGCAGAUGUGUUGUCAUGUUUGUAUUAUAAAACUGUAAAUUCGAUUUUUGUUUAUUGGAGAUCAGAACAGAAUUCGCUCUCCUUUGAUUCAGCUAAUUGUUAAAAGUGUUUGUGAGUUAGUUUAUUAUUGUUUUUUAUUGCUGGUGUCUUAAUGCAGAUUUAAGAUUUUAGGAUACUAUUUAUUUUCAAAAAUAGUUAUCUAUUAAAAUUAAUUUGGCCUUGAACCUACACAUAUUUAAUAAUUAAAUUAACAUAUUUCAAUUAUUUGCAUCACAGAAUGAAAUUCUUAUUUGUCCAGACAUUUUUGCUACUUUAAUGAUGUGACAUUGAUUGGACAGUUCUUUACAAUAAAUGUCGUUAUGUGUAUGCUGAUUCAAUACACUGCACAUGCUAAUGGCAGUACUACCCUUCAUUAACUGUACACUGUCAGAAAUGCAUCUUCAUAACUGUGUUAUGCUUUCUUUGGAAAUACAAUUUGAGUGUUUAAACAUCUAUCCAUCCAACGCCCUCACCCUGACAGCUGGAUGACAGGAGCCCUGAUGAAUGACAUCAUAAUGCCAUGAACGCUCAAUCACUGAACUAUCUCUUACAAUAAAGAUACGUGAUAUGUCUUAAUGAUCACAGUCUAAAUUCUGAAAGGAGUUUAGGACAAUUUUGCACUUUUUAGAAAGGAAAAACGGGCUUGUCAUUCAGAUAAUCUGUGUAAUUGGUGCAUAAAAUGAGCUGAAGAAUUCCUUUUUAUCAUUUUAUAUUAUUCCUACUGAGACUUCAGCAUAAAGGCUGGUUGUCCAAAGUAUAAAAUAGGAUGAAGAGCAUGUCUUAGUUUUGAGCAUUGGUGUUAAAGAAUUGUGGCUCAGAGUGACUUGUAGGAGAUGAAAACUACAGGAAUGAAAAUGCUAUUUUACAUCGUUUAGGCAUACAUGUGUCUUCAGUCUGCUACUGUAUGUCCACAGAUGAAUUCUGGAAGAAUUAGACUAGCAGACUGACUAAACCUUUAACAGUGAUCUUCAAGCCAAUAGCACUUUCCACACAAUCAUGCCAGCUUUAUUCUUUUGUGCUGGAAUUUUGAUCAUUUCAUUUUACCAUAUGAGAUAAACAGCUUUAAGGAACUUUGUCUUACACUCUCUCACAGUGAUUGGAGGGAUUAGGAGGCAAUUUUGUUUUGAGGCUUUCCAUUGCUCCAUAAUUAUCAUAAUCCUAAAACUAGAAUUUGUCAGACUAAUAGGCAGGACAUCUGGUGUAGCUUUGCCCCAAAUAUUUUAAUUCAUUUCUAAAUACUGAGCUGUCACAAAUGUUAAUGUCACUGAAUGCAGAUUUUAUUGGGUGUAUGAUUUUAUUUCUCUUUUUUUAUUACUAUUAUUAUAUAAAUUUCUUAUUUAAAAUGUGAGUACUAAAUACACUACAAUUUUUUCUUUAAUGCAUCUAAUUGAUUUGGACAUUUUGUACAUAGAUCAUUUAUUAAUAUUUAUUGAGUCCUUAAAAAUUAAACAGCCUUAAAUUUCUUCAAUAAUUACAAGUGUUUAUAUGUCUACUGUUUAAUUAAAAGCAAUUGAAUUAAGUGCUCAUUUUCAGUUGAUGAAUGCAUGUCAGAAUAAUUAGCUAUAUGGCUUGUUGACUGGCUAGGGAAUGUUUAGUUUUUAGAUUACUGCAAUGUUACUUCAUUAAAUCGUUCAGUGAAAGCAAUCCACAGCUAUUAACUGAUGUGGAUGUUUAUAUUGCCAGUUGUUAUUUACUACUUCCGUGGACUUGCAUUUAGCAUAUCAUUAUACCUCUAAGGGCAUGUGUGGUCUAUUUGCAUAUUUGCGUAAGCAAAUGGACUGUCCACCUACUCAGUUUCAACGAGGUUGUAUGUGGUGGUUACUACAUCAUUGAACUUCAGUCUCCUCUACUAUGAUGUCUCUACUGUGAUAUCUCUUCAGUCUUCUGCUAUGAUGAAGUUCAUUUUUGUCCAGCCAACAGAUCAUGAGUAUAAAUCCAAUACCAUUAACAAAUUGUCCGCAAGCACUUUUUUUUUUUUCAUUGAUUGCAUUUCCCUAAUACCCCUGCCAUUUUACUUUAUCUAGUGGAGACACUAUAUAAGUAUAUUCCAUUUUCAUUAUCUCAUACAUCAACAUUUUCAAUAUGUACUCCAUUUUGUAAUUUUAAUUUCUUAAGAGAUUAAAUUUUCCAAGAAAUGUCACAUUUCUCCAUUCUUUAAUGGUCUCCUUUCACUUUCAAAGGGCAAAACAAUGAAAUAUGUAUGUAUUUUGAAUUUCUGAAUGUGUUUUGUUGCUGUGUAUUUUCUCACUCAAUUAAGCUCUUAAGCCUUUAGUUAUCAUUUGAGAUGCAUGAAAGCAGGAUUGAGCGGCAUCUUUCAUUGAUUUGCAGGGAAAAAUGUUCUGACAUUGGCAUUAAUUUGUGUCGAGUUCUUAUAUUGUUUUGAGUUGCAGUGCAAUUCAAAGCUAGAAUUUAUUCAGAGUUUUUGAUGAGUAGAAAUCAGAAAGCAUGUAUUCCAGUGCAGUAUACUCAUUUGGUUUUAAGAAGUGUUUUAUGAAUCUUUUGUUCUGUAAUACAAUAGAUCCCUUGUAUAAUACAAUACAAAUGUGUAAUGUUAGUCAAUAUUUAUCUCUUUGUUAGCUUUAAUGAACUUAUUCUGUUAUUGUCUGGUUCAUAACAUAAUAAAGCAUACUGAAUAGUU